CUGGCCUAGGCCGCCCCAAACCCUCUUCUUUCCCCUCCUCACUCUGCAGUUCCCAAAUCCCAAAACCCACCAUCUCCGUCUCAAAAUUAGGUUACCCAGAAUCGAAAGUUUGAAAAUUUUGAUCUAGAUUUCUAUACUUCUUGAGGGGGAAAAAGGUAUGGAUUCAGAUCAGGGAAAGCUUUUCAUUGGAGGGAUUUCGUGGGAGACCAGCGAGGAGAAGCUCAAGGAAUACUUUGGCCACUAUGGUGAAGUUUUGGAGACUGUCGUCAUGAGAGAUAAAAUCACUGGGAGGCCCAGAGGGUUCGGGUUUGUUGUCUUUGCAGAUCCUGAGGUUCUCGAUACUGUUCUCCAGGAUAAGCACACAAUUGAUGGUAGAACGGUUGAGGCUAAGAGGGCAUUGUCAAGAGAGGAGCAGCAAACGUCUGCCAGGUCUGGAAACGUUAAUACAAGUAGAAAUUCUGGAAGUGGCGGAGCUAUCAGGACCAAGAAAAUAUUUGUUGGAGGUUUGCCACCCAACCUAACUGAAGAUGGAUUUCGCCAAUAUUUUGAAGCAUAUGGCCUUGUAACUGAUGUAGUGAUCAUGUAUGAUCAGAAUACACAAAGACCUCGGGGAUUUGGGUUUAUUUCUUUUGACACGGAAGAUGCAGUUGACAGAGUUUUGCAGAAGACUUUUCAUGAUUUGAAUGGGAAGCAAGUUGAAGUAAAGAGAGCUCUUCCCAAAGAUGCCAAUCCUGGUGGGCUUAGCCGGACUGGAAGUGGUGGUGCUGGCAGCGGGGGUGGAGGUUAUGGCUAUGGUGCUUCUGGUGGCAACCCUAGUUCCUAUGACAGUCGUAUGGACUCUAAGAUGUACAUGCAGCCUCAAAGUACUGCAGGUGGUUUUCCUCCUUAUGGCUCAUCUGGAUAUGGUACGCCUGGAUAUGGGUAUGGUCCUGCUAAUAAUGGUGUUGGUUAUGGUGGAUAUGGAAGUUAUGGUGGUGCAGGUACUGGUUAUGGUGGUCCGGCUGCUGCAGCCUAUGGGAACCCCAAUGCUGGUUAUGCUGGUGGUCCACCAGGUGCCCCUAGAAGUUCAUGGGGCGCACAGGCCCCCUCUGGUUAUGGUACCAUGGGAUAUGGGAAUGCUGGUCCUUGGGGUGCUGGUGCUGGUAGUGGUGCUGGUUCAGGGCCUACUGGUCAAUCUCCUACUGGAGCAGCUGGAUAUGGUAGUCAAGGUUAUGGAUAUGGUGGGUAUGGUGGAAAUGAUGGGUCGUAUGGCAAUGCAGCUGGAUAUGGAGCUGUAGGAGGACGCUCUGGAGGUACCCCAAAUAACAAUGUUGGAUCAGGUGGGGGUGAACUACAAGGAAAUGGUGGGGGUUACAUGGGAAGUGGUUAUAGUGACGCAAAUGGAAAUCCUGGGUAUGGAAAUUCAUGGAGAUCUGACCCAUCACAAGCUUCUGGAAACUAUGGAACCUCUCAGGCAAAUGGUCCCCAUGGUGGACAAGUUGGUUAUGGUGGUGGAUAUGGUGGUACGCAGGGCCGACAAGCCCAACAACAGUGAUUUAAGUGCUUAAAUGCCAACUGGAUCUUCAUCUCUCUCUCAUCAAUGAUAUUCUCUUUGCUGGUGAUCAUGAAAAUUUCUUCUUUCAACAAGCAAGGGGAGAGGCUCCAGAUGAAUGACAGACCGGUUGGAUUGCUUGAAUCCCCGUAGUUUGCAGUAUCUAUUUUGCUAGUCAUAAUAAGUAGUUGUGAGGCAGGCUAGAUGCCCUUCGUUUUCCUAUUGAGUGUAGUUUAAAUUUGGUUUGCUUUAUAUCUGUCUGCUUGCUGCCCUGAUACUUUUCCUAUCUAUCGUAGUGUUUAAAUUAAGCCAUAUUACUUCAUAUAUCUGUCUCAGUCUCUUGCUACUUUGGUAUUUUGUGGUUAAUUUGUUCAUCUAGGGAAUCAGUAAUAGAUAGUUAUGCUUGAUUUGAUUAGACGAGUCUGGUAUGGAGAUGUACUGAGGAUUUUUACUGAUAGCAGUGAAGCCACCACUUGGGUUGAUCACUUCGUAAUGGUAGCGAUAAACGUAGUGGUAGUGACACAUGAGAAUGACAUAAUCAUUUUCCCCCUGUAUUUGCCCUUGUGUUGUACAGGAGGAGAGAUGCUCAAGUUCUAAGGUGGUGUCAAGUGUCCACUCAUGGCUGAACCUGAGCUUCGUGGUGGGGGUUGUUCCAUUGGGGGGUUAUGUUCAGCAAGGGAUGGAACCGAAGAGUACAUGCUCAGUUGGGAAUUAUGAAUUAACCUGAGAGGCCAUUUUCCAUCUGGGUGCCAGCCAUCGGCACCAAACUUGCAAUUCUUGGCUUUUCAAGUCCUGUCCUGAUAUUCAUUCAGCUUGUUGUGGGGAUUUACUCUCAUACAAUCGAAUUUGUGAAUCAAACAUCCUGGGGUAUGUUGACUUAAAAUUGUUGGAUGUCUCAUACGGAGAUUUCUUUUAUUACCCUUCUCUUUAGGCUGCCUUUUUGAUU